AUGUCACUGUGGAAAAGUGCAUCUGGGAUCUGGGUCAUCCAGAAACCCUGGAUGACGCACCAGAUCCGCAUGCUCCUCCGGGCCCGUAACUCAGCCUUCAGCACCGCUCGUGCCAACCUGAAGAGAGGCAUUAGGACUGCCACAGUCGAAUAUAAGAGGAGGAUAGAAGAACAUCUCAACAACCCCAGGCAAGUGUGGCGGGGCAUACAGACCAUCACCAACUACAAACGCUGUGCUGUGACACCCGGGAACUUGGAUGAGGGACUGCAGAGGAGCUGA